GUGACGAGUAGCUACACGCGGGACGAGUGCGUCAUCGAGAUGACGCUCAAGUACGACGCGGCCUACCCGCUCCGGGCUUUGGCCGUCGACUUCGGGAGCCACCAGGGCAUCGAGGAGAAGACGGCGCGGCGCUGGGCGCUCCAGCUCCGCGCGUCCGCGUCGCUGAAGUCGACGCACGCGGCGGUGCUAGGCUGGCGCGAGAACGUGGACCUCGAGUUCGACGGCGUCGAGCCCUGCCCGAUCUGCUACGGCGUGCUCCACCCCAAGUCGAAAAGGCUGCCCCACCUCGAGUGCCGCCAGUGCCACAACAAGUUCCACGCGUCCUGCCUCGCCCACUGGUUCUCCACGUCCCACAAGCACCUCUGCGUCGUCUGCCAG